UACAGACAUACAAGGCAGAGACACACACUACGUUCCGCUGGCUCUCUUGAUGUCGUCACCUAAAGUUCUCGGGUUCCUCCCAGCGCUCACAACACACCCUCUUCGUCCCAGCUUCCCCCAAGCGCGCUGCCAGAAACUCUUCCCUCGCCCUUUUUCCCUCUACUGGAGUGGCGUCAAGACUCGGCGGAUUUCUUCUUGCAGUGCACAUGUUGAGAGGAAGUUGGCAGGACAAAAUGCAAGCCUACAAAAUACGGAGCGGGAGGCUAGAAUACGGAAGAAUCUGCAGAAACCAGAAUUCCUGCCAUCUUCAUAUGAGACGGCGUGGGUGGCAAUGGUUCCUUCUUCCACCUCCCUUCAGGCUCCAUACUUCCCACAAUGUGUUGAAUGGAUAAUGCAGAACCAGCAGGAAAAUGGAUCUUGGGGUAUCAACGAAUUUGCCUCUUCAGUCAGCAAAGAUAUUCUCUUAUCGACAUUGGCAUGUGUUAUUGCACUAAAGAAAUGGAAUGUUGGCCUUGAGCAAAUACGGAGAGGACUGCAUUUUAUUGGAAGAAACAUGCCCAUUGUUAUGGAUGAGCAGAUCACUACUCCAAAUGGAUUCAAUCUCACUUUUCCCAGUAUGAUUAGGCUUGCCAUUCAGAUAGGUUUGGAAUUUCCUGUUAGGCAAGCUGAUGUUGAUGAGAUUAUUCUCCGCCUCCGUGAGAUGGAAUUGAAAAGACUGGCUGGGGAGAAAUAUUCAGCAAGAGAAACAUAUUUGUCCUAUGUUGCUGAUGGGUCAGUAAACCUGCUAGACUGGAAUGAAGUUAUGAAGUUCCAGAGAAAGAAUGGAUCAUUGUUCAACUCUCCCUCCACAACUGCGGCUGCAUUAGUCCAGAAAUAUGAUGAUAAUGCUCUCCAGUACCUACAGUUUCUUCUCAAUACAUUUGGUAGUGCAGUACCAUUGACGUACCCACGGAAUAUACACUAUCAGCUCUCAAUGCUAGAUACGCUCCAAAAGCUCGGAAUAUCUCACCGUUUUUCUAGUGAGAUCAAUGGUAUCCUUGACAGAACAUAUAGACUUUGGUUAGAAGGAGAUGAGGAAGUCAUGCUCGAUGUAGAAACAUGCGCAAUGGCGUUUCGCAUAUUACGGAUGAAUGCAUAUGAUGUUUCAUCAGAUGGGUUGUCUCAUGUUGCUGCCUCCACUUUCCAAGACCGGCAGCACAAAUAUUUGAAGGAUACAAAAUCCAUAUUGGAAUUGUACAAGGCUUCAGAAAUUAUUUUAUCAGAAAACGAAUAUAUCCUAGAGAAUAUAGGUUGCUGGUCAGGCAUCUUAUUAAAAGAGAAGCUAUGCUUGGAAGGGAUUCACAAUAUACCAAGUUUUGCUGAGGUGGAGCAUGCUCUUAAGUUUCCUUUUUAUGCCAUAGUGGAACCUCUAGAUCAAAAGAGGAACAUUGAACAUUUUGAUGCUAUUUCCUCUCAGAUACUACAAACCAACUAUCUGCCAUCUCAUCUCACCCAAGAUCUUCUGGCUUUGGCUGUUGAGGAUUUCAGUUUUACUCAGUCUAUAUACCAAGAAGAACUCAAAUACAUCGAUAGUUGGGAGAAAGAGAAUGGGCUGGACCAGCUUCAGUUUGCACGGCAGAGGCUGCCAAUUUGCUAUUUCUGUGUUGCUGCAACAAUAUCACCUCCUGAAUUAUCCGAUGCUCGCAUUGCAUGUGCCAAAAAUGUUCUUCUCACAGUUUUUUUUGAUGACUUCUUCGAUGUUGGAGGAUCGAAAGAAGAAACAGACAACCUGAUAGAAUUGAUUGAGAAGUGGGAUGAGCCUCGAGAAGAUGCAUUCCACUCCGAGCAAGUAAAAAUACUAUAUACUGCUCUCUAUAGUACAGUGAACCAUCUUGGAGCAAAGGCGUCUGCAGUUCAAAAUCGUGAUGUAACACAACUCCCGGUUGAAAUGUGGCAGAAAGGCAUGAGGUGUAUGAUGACUGAGUCCGAGUGGCAAAGGGCCAAAUAUGCGCCAACAGUUGAAGAAUACAUGGCGAAUUCAACUGUCUCAAUUGUAGUUGACCUCAUGUUACUUCCAGCAAAGUAUUUUCUUGGAGAAAUGAUCUCGGACUACAUGGUCAAACAUGAAGAGUACAAUGAAUUGCGUAGGCUAAUGAGCACAAUUUGCCGUCUCCUAAAUGACACUCGAUCCGUCGAGAGGGAGUCUGCAGCGGGUAAACUGAAUAGUGUGACAUUGCUUGCUCUUCACAGUGGAGGUUUCCUGUCCAUAGAAGAGGCUCAAAAGGUGGUAAAUAAGAGUAUUGCCGAAUGUAGGAGAGAGUUGCUACAGUUGGUUCUGAGAGAAGAUAGUGUUGUUCCUAGAUCAUGCAAGGAACUAUUCUGGAAGCACUGCAAGACAGCUUUCUGGUUCUACUUCCAAGUAGAUGGAUUAACAUCUCCCAAGGAAAUGGUCGCUGAAGUGAAUGCACUAUUCAACGAGCCACUGAAACUACAGACUAGCAACCCAUCAUUGUCUGAUCAACCUAAGUAAGGCUUAGUGCCUCAAGUAGUUGUUUGAGCAUUCUUGAUGGAAGUACAGUUUCCAGCCUCUGGAAUGGAUUUCCUAAGUACUAGGUGUGAUUUCCUCCCGUGGGGUUUAAUUCUUUGCUGUCAGUCGUAUUAUUUUCCAUCA